GUGCAAGCCCAAUUAGCUGUAGUUGGCAUUAACCAGUAUACGAUGGUCUUCCGAGCCUACAAGUUAUGGGUCCGCGGCUCUUACAAAAGGUGUUGGAGCAAGAGAAGGUAAAACUUCUUGCGCAAUUAGGUUGAAAGCCUGGAAAGUUGUUUCGUUGAGCAUUAAGCGAAGUUGGUAAUGCCAAGUUGCGUAUCGCCUUAGAGGAAGCCCCGGCUUUUUAGCGACGGUGAAACUUUGCAGGCCUGUAUUACUGAUCUAAUGUAACAAAUACUACGUAAGCUUUGGUAUGGUCUGUUCGCUCAAUAGGCAUAGCUUCGGACUUCUCAGGGUCACCUGUCACGGCAACCUAAUGCGAAGCGUCAUGUUAUCAAGACCCCAUUUAAAUAUUAUACUACUAUCUUGUCCCAACAUUGUAUUAUACUUCGGGGGAACAAAGCUUGCGAUGAUAAGAAGUAAGCUCAACCGCUGCUAGGCAUCCAUUUAGCGGCUUGUGUUCGAGAGACCUACAACGGUUGAGAUGGCAACUGGCCGUCCAACCGGCGCUGGGGACAAUAAUUUGGCGCCUAUCGGAGCCGCCGAGGCGCCAAGACGACCAUCGUUGGCGCUGCAGCCAUUCGCGUGGGGUGGACUGCAAAUCCUUCCUGUCGCCGCCAGUGCCGUUGCAGAGCUUGCCGUCAUUCCACCACCAUGGCCGGGGAUGCAUCGUACUGCGCCCUUCAGGAUUUCCGAGUACGACCAGCGUUGUCGGCUGGCAGUGGCAGCGCUGGAGACCGCCGUGACGCAGGCAAGCGCACAGGUGGACAGCGACAUGGCGGAUCCUGCCCUCCAGGCCGAGCUGGCCUCAGCUCUAGACCUCUCGGACCUCGCCGUGCCCCUGCCGCCCGGCAUACCAUCCGCCGCAGCUGCUGCCGCUGCUGUCCCUGUUGCAGCAGCUGCCGCGGCUGCUCCUCCAGCUGCAAACGCAGAUGUGGGGGCUGUAGCGACUCAGGCCCCCGCAGGAGCGUCCUCACGGCAGCAGAGGAGCCAGCCGCCAGCCGCUGCUCCAGGAGCAGGUGCGGAGGCAGCGGCGGUGGCAUCUGCAGUGCCCACAGCGGUGCCGGAUGCUGCUGCCGGGGCCUCGGCAUCUCAGCAGCAGCAGCUUCGAACUGGUGCGGUGGUGUCAGGGAAAGCGGAAGGCGACGGCAGCGACGGAGGUAGGGAGGCCGCUACGGGGGCCGGUCUACCCCGUGCGCCGCUCGCAGCCGAGGUGGUUCCCGGGAGGAGUGAGAUCGCAGGCGAGGCAGGAGGGCGGCCUGACGUGGCACUGGCCGGCGCGCAUGGAGGUGCGAAGCAGCAUGCAGUGGAAAGCGGCGAGGAAGGCGGCGCUGGGGGCAGCAGCAGCAGCGGAGCUCGGGAGGGCGCCGCGGCGCCUACCGAGGUGCAGCGGGGGGCUGCAGGGCCGGCGGCUGGGGAGGCUGGCGCGCAUGCCUUGCAGGGAACGGAGGGGCACCAACAGGAGGGCCAACCGCUAGGUGUGGUUGCGGAGGCCGAAGAGGAGGAGGAAGGACCCCCGGCCAAGCGGCGGCGGGGCCGCUCUGCGGGGCAGCGCAGCGGGUGUUCCCCUGAUGCGGGCGCAGCGCAGAAGCAGAAGGAAGCCAGGCAAAGGAGCACAGGAGGACGACGCCGCGGCGGCGGAGCUGCGGCGGCGGCUGCUGGGUUGCCUGCCACCGCCGCUGCGGGCGUUUCCAAGGCCGCAGGGGGUGCCGCUGACGGCGGCGGCCUCGACCAGCAGCGAGAGCGGCAACAGCAGCAGCAGGGGUCACAGGCUGAGCGAGGGCGUGAGCUGGCGGCCUGGUGGGGUGAGGUGACGGCGGCGGCGGCAAAGCUGGAGAGUCUGCAAGCGGUGCUGCAGGCGCCGCCGCCUGGCAGAGCUGGGGCGGCGAAAGCGGGGCCGGAGGCAGGG